AUGUCUUUGAAUCAAUCAAAACGUUCAAUACAUUCAUCAUCAAAUUCUGAUACAUCGCCUUUAAAAAAGAAAACUAAAAUAGCAUUAAAACGAAACAUUAGACAUUCAUCGUCAUCAUCAUCAAGUGAUGAUUUGGAUAUUCCAGUGUCUUCAACAACUCGUCGAAAUGUUUCUACUUCUUCAAAACAUCAUACAUCAAUACCAAUAUCAAAACCUAUUGAAACAUCUCCAUCAACACCUACACCUACACCACCACCACAACCAUCAGGUCGUAUUCAAAUUCAACGUUCAUCAUCAUCGUCAUCAUCAUCAGAUGAUUCAAAUGGUAGUGAUGAAAUAGUAACCAAGCGUACUAGACAACGACGUAAAAAACCAACUGGUUCAAAUGAACGUUCAAAUAUUUUAAAACAAAUGAAACGUAAAACACAAGAAAGAAAAAAUUCACUUACAACAACAACAGCAGCAACUACGACUACAACUACUACUAUUACUGAUAAUAAUAAUAAUACUAGUCAUAAUGAUAGUGGAAAUAGUUUAAAUGGUACAAAAAAAUGUUCAUUUCAGUUUAGUGAUGAUGAUGAUGAUGAUGAUACAAAUACUAAUGAUGAUCAAAAUCAUAAAACAACAACUAAUAAUUAUGAUAUUGAUGAUGGUGAUACAACUGAAAGUUAUGAAGUUGAAAAUGAUAAUGAAGAUAAUCAUCAUAAUAAAAAUGGUAAUAUUAAAAAUGAAUAUGAAUAUAAUGAAGAUGAAGAAGAAAAUAGUUCUCCCACAAAACACAAAACUGGUCAUAGUGGCAGAAAAAAUAUUCGAAAAAUUAUUGAUGAUAAAGAAUUAGAUAUUCAAACAAAACAAGCUGUUGAAAUUGAAUUAGAACGUCGAAAUCGUAUAGCAGAAAAACAAAAAGAAUAUAAUUCUAAUUUACUUGAACAAUCAUCAUAUUUAAUAAAUAAAGAAAAUGAACAAGUAAAUAAUUCAAAUCAUCGUUUAAUUCUUGAAUUAGAUAAAACAACAAAUGAACCAUUAAUUGAAGUUUCACCAAAAUUAGUUCUACAAUUAAAACCACAUCAAUGUGAUGGCAUAAGAUUUUUAUGGAAUAAUGUAUUUGAGUCUAUUGAUGCAAUUGAAAAUAAAAAACAAGGAAGUGGUUGUAUAUUAGCACAUUGUAUGGGUCUAGGAAAAACUUUACAAGUUAUUAGUUUUAUUCAUACAAUGUUUAAUUAUGAUAAAAUAACCAAUGUUCGAACAUGUCUUGUUCUUUGUCCAAUUAAUGCUGCUCUAAAUUGGUCAAAUGAAUUUGAAUAUUGGUUAAAUGAUGUUGAACCACCUGUUGAUAAUUAUCAAUUAACAACAAUAAAACCAAAUUUACGUGUUACGCAUUUAAAUUAUUGGUAUGAACAUGGUGGUGUUAUGAUUAUGGGUUAUGAAAUGUAUAGAAGAUUAGCUAAUGGUUUUGGUUUAAAAAAUAAAAAAGUUAAAGCACAAGCAUAUAAAUGUCUUGUCGAUCCAGGACCUGACAUUAUUGUUGCUGAUGAAGGUCAUAUUUUAAAAAAUGCUCAAACAGCUCUUGCUAAAUGUUUAUCGAAAAUAAAAACAUCUCGUCGUAUUGUUUUAACUGGUACACCAUUACAAAAUAAUCUCAUUGAAUAUUAUUGUAUGGUAUCAUUUAUCAAACCAAAUUUACUUGGUAGUCAACAAGAAUAUAUAAAUCGUUUUGUUAAUCCAAUACAAAAUGGUCAACAUCGAGAUUCAAAUGAAGAAGAUGUUUGUUUAAUGAAACGACGCGCAUGUGUUUUACAUGAAUUAUUAACAGGUUUUAUUGAUCGAAAAGAUUAUUCAUUAUUAAAACAUUAUUUACCACCGAAAUUUGAAUACAUAAUUAAUAUACGAUUAAGUGAUUUACAAACAGCAUUAUAUGAUCUAUAUUUAAAACAACAAGGAAAUCAACAACAACAAAAUGUAUCUACAUCAAAAAAAGAUUUUAAAUCAGUCAAAUUAUUUGCUGAUUAUCAAUAUUUACAAAAAAUUUGGACACAUCCAUUUUUACUUUAUCCACAUUUUAUUGAUCAUUGGAAAAAACGAUUAAAUAAAGAUGAAGAUAAUUUUCUUGACGAUAGUGAAUUUGAAGUUAUGUUUACUGAUGAAGAUGAAGAAAUGGAAGAAAAGAAAAAAACCAAAAAGAAAACUAACAAAAAGAAAAAAGAAAAAGAACAAAAACCGGACUCCAAGAAAAAUUUUAGUGGUUUCUUAAUUGAUAAUGUUGGUGAUGAAGAUGAAGGUGUUGAACCAUCAACAAAUGAUGAUGAAGAUUCUAAAUCACAAAAACGUACUAUUUCAAAAUCAUCGGAUGGUUCUUCAGUAACAACAGUUGAAUCAGAUUCAUAUCAAGAAGAUAAUGAUGAUGAUGAUGGUGGUGAGGCAAGUGAAGGAUUAGAAUCAGAUUCAAAAUCAAAAUCAAAAUUAACUGAUAACAAUAAUGAUGAUGAUAAUAAUAAUAAUGAAAAAGUUGAAAUCGUUAAAAGUUAUCGAACACGAAGUCGAACGGCAGCAAAAAAUAAAGAAAAACAAAAUUCAUCAAAAACGUUCAAUGGAAAAAAUAUGAAUGCUGAUGUUUUUGAUACUGGUAAUGAUGAUAAUACACCUUUAAAUGAAUCAACUGAUGAUGAUCAGCAAGAUAAUUCAGAUCAACCAUGGUUAAAUGAUAUGCGUGAACAAUUUUGGUUUCCAUUCUUAGAUAUUUUACCAGAUGAAAGUGAAUUUGAUAUAAAUUUAAGUGGAAAAUUAUUUUUACUUAAAUCAAUUCUUGAUAAAUGUGCUGAAAUUGGUGAUAAAAUUCUUCUUUUUUCACGUAGUUUAUAUACAUUAAAUUAUAUUGAAAGAUUUUUACAUCGUUUACAAAUACAAAAUGAAGAAGAAUAUAGAAAACAAUGUGAAUCAAGAAGACAAUUACGUCAAAUGCUUUCAUCAAAUGGUACAAAUAAUAAUGAUUUAUGUGAUUAUAUACCACAACCAAUAGAAUGGAUACGUGAUCAAGAUUAUUUUCGAAUGGAUGGUCAAACAGAUGUAAUAGCAAGAAAACGUUAUGCUAAAUCAUUUAAUGAUGAUACUAAUUUACGUGCACGAUUAUUUCUUAUAUCAACAUUAGCUGGUGGAAUUGGAAUUAAUUUAGUUGGUAGUAACAGAGUUAUUGUUUUUGAUGCAAGUUGGAAUCCAAGUCAUGAUACUCAAGCAAUAUUUCGAUCAUAUCGUUUUGGUCAAAAGAAACCUGUUUAUAUCUAUCGAUUUUUGGCACAAGGUACAAUGGAAGAAAAAAUUUAUCAACGACAAGUUGUUAAACAAUCAUUAUCUCAACGUGUUAUUGAUGAUCAUCAAUUAGAUCGUCAUUUUACUGAAAAUGAUAUAAAAGAAUUAUAUAAAUUUACACCUGAACAAUUACCUGAAUUGCGUUCAAUGACAAAUACAGAUUUUAAUUAUCCUAUACCAAAAGAUCAUUUAUUACUUGAUCUAUUAUAUGAACAUAAUCAUUGGAUACAUUCAUAUCAUUCACAUGAUUCAUUAUUAGAAAAUAAACUUGAUGAAGGUCUUAGUGAAGAAGAACGACGUCGAGCUCUUGAAGAAUAUGAGAAUUUAAAACGUUUUCCUGAUCAACGUCAAUUAGCUGCACAACGUUUACAACAACAACAACAAUUAGCUUCAACAGCUAUGGUUCAAAUUCCACAUCUUCAACAAAUGUAUUUAGAUUUUUUUCGAUCUAUGUCAUCAGAAGAUCAACGAACUAUUGAUUAUUCAAAAAUCAUUCAGUAUGCAUUUGAACUUGGCCUUAGUCAACAAUUAUCUGAUAUACAAAAUCCAACUACGUCAGAUUCAAAUCAGAUUCAACAAACUACUACAGAUACGAAUGAUGUUGUUCUUUUAGAAAGUGAUGAUGACACAACUGCUAAAGCGGAGUAA